UCAAGAGAUUUUUUUAAUUAACAAAAAUAGUUUUCUUUAAACGUUUUUUUUUUUUUUUAAAAUAUAUUUGACUUUAUUAUGAUGGAUCACAAUCUAUAAAUUGAGUACAAUAAUUCAAGCUAAUACUUAAUAGUUAUAAUAUUGUGUAUCAAAGGAAUUACAUUAUUAGUAUUAAUAUGCCUUUAAAAGGAUUAAAUGUACUUGAAUUUUCUGGUCUGGCCCCGUUACCUUUUGUUGGUAGUGUACUGGCAGAUUUUGGAGCAAAUGUGACUAUGGUCCAAAAGAAAGAAAUAUUCGGAGUAUCAGAGUUAUUAAAUUGUGGCAAAAAAUCUAUAUGCUUAAAUUUAAAACGACCAGAAGGUAUUCAAAUUGUUGAGAAAUUAUGUAUGGAUUCUGAUAUUUUGCUUGAACCAUAUAGACCAAAUGUAAUGGAGAAAUUAAAAUUGGGUCCUGAUGUGUUGAUGGCAAAAAAUCCACGUUUAAUUUAUGCUCGAUUAAAUGGAUAUGGAUCAUAUGGAAAAUAUUCACAGAAAGCUGGACAUGAUAUAAACUAUGUAGCAUUAUCUGGUCUUUUAUCGUUAUAUGGUUCCAAGGACAAAAAACCUAUUCCCCCUGUAAAUUUUUCUGAAUUUGCGGGUGGCAGUUUAGUAUGUAUUAUGGGAAUUUUAAUGGCAGUCAUAGAAAGGUUCAAAAGUGGAAAAGGGCAAGUAGUUGAUGCUAACAUAACUGAAGGGAUUGCAUACACUGGAAGUUGGUUAAUGGCUUCUCAAAAUUCAUUUAUUUGGGGACAACCAAAAGGUCAAAAUUUAUUGGAUGGAGGGAUGCAUUUUUAUAACACGUAUGAAACUAAAGAUGGUAAAUGGAUGGCUGUUGGUGCAUUAGAACCUGCAUUUUACAAGGAGUUUAUUGAAGGUCUAGGAUUGAAUAUAGAUGAUAUGCCACAAAUUAGUGAUUUUGAAAGUAAGAAAGAAAUUAUUGCUAAAUUAUUCAAAGAGAAAACUAGAGAAGAAUGGUGCAAAAUUUUUGAUUCAAAAGAUGCUUGUGUUACUCCUGUAUUAGAGUUAGAUGAAGUCGACCAAUACUCUCAUAGUCUUGGUAGAAAUUCCUUCAUAAGGAAAGAUAAUAUUGUGUUACCGGUACCAGCGCCAAAAUUAAGUGUUACUCCUGGUAUUUUGAGAAAAAAUCAACCCAUUCCUACCUAUGGGCAGCAUACUAGUGAAAUACUUGAGAGCAUUGGUUAUUCACAUGCAGAAAUCAUAGAACUUUUGAAAAAUGAAACUGUAUUUGAAGAACCAAAAUCUAAGAUAUAAUUAAGUAGUUAUUUAAUUAAUAUAGUGCAGUGAGAUAUUAUAAAAAUGUUAUUUUUAUAUAUUAAU